CGCCAUGACUUUUAACACCAUUAACCCGCGGAGAUAUCGACCCGCUCCCUGGGACCGGCCUUUCAUCCCGAGCUGUUCUUUGACGGUCCUGGGGCCUGGUGAGGGCCCCCAGAGGCCGAGCACUGGAUUUCACUUGACGACGCGAGGAGGUUUUCUGGGUGGGGUGGACGCUCCCCGAGGGUUCGCGGCUGCGGCCUGAGACCAGGGCAGGCAUGAGUUUCAACGACCACGUCAGCGUGCUGAAGGACGGCGGCUUCCCCCUCGUCGGCUGCGGGUGCGCCGAAUUCACUUGUAACGGCGGGCCAUGCUUCGCCCUGAGCGCCAAGUAUUGCUGCUUCUCGAUAGGCAUCGGCUGGAAGGCGGCAGCAGCGGCCGCCGCGGCCGGCGUGGCCGCCAACGAGGUGACUGGUUCCAAGGGAGCGACGGCCGCGGCGGCGCUGAUAGCCGCCAAGGCCGUCGACAUGACCGAUGACUCCGCGCUGGACAUCAACUUCUGCGACCCAGCCUACGAUGAGGAGAGGGGAUGUUGCGAGUGCAACCUGAAGCUCCUCACCUGCUACUACGAGCUGCAGUGCCCGCCCAGCGGCGACAUCGGCUGCGCCCUCUGCGGCCUGCGCUGCUGCGACAGCGACACAACGCAGACCGCCUUCGAGAAGGCCGCCUAUGGCGACGGCGAGGCCCCGCUGCAGCAGGACAUGGAGGAGUGAUGGCGCACGGGUGGGUGUGGGUGG